UGGAAGGAAAAUAUAUCCUGUCAGCCAGUGCAAGAUACAGAGGACAGAAAGAAUGGCUUUGUUUGGAACUUUUCAUCCUUUAUUUCAAACGAGAAAUGCUCUGGGAAGAUUUCUCAAGCAGAAAAUAUUCUACUGUAAGAAAAGUGGUCCUCAGGAGGAGGAGAUUUUAAAUAAGUUUCAGCAGUUUUCAGGAGGCUCAAUAGAUCUUCAGAAGCAAGAGUCUGGCAUCGCAGUGAUGACUGUCAAUAAUCCAUCUCUAAUGAAUGCCUUUUCAGGGACUAUGAUGAUUGAAUUGGAGGAACGAGUGAGUGAGCUGGAAACUUGGACUGAAGGAAAAGGUCUUAUUGUGAGAGGGGCUGCUGGAACAUUUUGCUCUGGGGCUGAUCUCAAUGCAGUCCGAGCAAUAUCAAACCCACAGGAUGGUAUGAAGAUGUGCAUGUUUAUGCAGAAGACUUUAACAAGGCUGCUAAGGUUGCCACUUAUUUCUGUGGCUCUGGUUGAAGGAAAAGCAUUGGGUGGAGGUGCUGAACUUACUACUGCCUGUGACUUCAGGUUGAUGACAUCUGAUGCUGUGAUCCAGUUUGUCCAUAAACACAUGGGCUUGGUGCCUGGAUGGGGUGGAUCGGCAAGGCUCGUCCAGAUUGUUGGAAGCCAAAAUGCCUUAAAAUUGCUCAGUGGUGCAAAGAAGGUUGAUCCAGACUAUGGGAGGCAGAUUGGACUAGUCGAUGAUAUGUUAACUGUUUGUGACGAUGAUGCUCUAAUGCAUGCAGAGCAGUGGCUUAGCCAGUACACAAAUGGUACGGCCCCAGUGAUCAGGGCUGUGAAGAAGGUAGUGCUGUUUGGCAGAGAGCUCUCUAUGGAUGAGGCCCUAAGAACUGAAAAAGAUGUAUUUGGGACAGUAUGGGGAGGGCCAGCCAACCUUAAUGCACUGGCAUCUAAAACUAAACACAAGUAAGUAAAAAAAAUCAAGGAUCAGAUAAGAAACUAAACAAAGUUUUAAUGCAAUGAUCCUUACGUCUGGACCUGAAAUCCAAAACACUGUUGGUUAAUGGUUGACCACUUUGCCAUGGCGCUUAAAGAGGGUAUGGGAAAUCUGUGAUUAAAAAAGUAUAUAGCAAAUUUCUGUAUUGUAGAAUUCCAUAAUAAAUGUGUCAAGAAUUGUACUUGAUUAACAUUUUUUACAUUGACAUUUUAUGAGUAAAAAUAUUUUUAAUUAUAGCUUAAAGCUUGUCCUUUUGUGUCCUAUACAACAGAUUUAUGUCUAACAAAUGUUGGAGUACAAUCCGGUUAUCAACAUUAUUCAAAAACAAUAUUAGUUACUGUAAGAUGGUGAAAAGACAUAAAUUGGAAUACAUCAGUAAAAUAUGCAUAAGGCAGAGGUAGAAAGUAAUGAAUUACAUUUACUCACUACUGUAAUUGAGUAG